CACGGGCAAUGCGGGCCAAGGAACAAACAACAACUGCAGCCACUACAACCAAGGCGGCAGUUAUAGUGGUGAUGGUUAUGGGAACGAUUCUCGUGAUAACCUCAAUCUUGUCAGGAGUUGGAAUGUAAGUCAAUAACACAAUUAGCCAAUUUUUUUGAAUUUCACCCCAAUGCUUCUGUUUUUCAAAUCAUUAAACAUUAUUUACAGAGCAAAAAUCCCAUUUUUUUUAAUAAUAGAACACCAUUAAGAAAGUGUCCAUGAAUUGUGAACUUUUGUUUUAUUUUUACAGUUACCUGUAUGUGAAACUGAAGAGAAAAGUUGAAUCUGGGGAUGUAGAAAACCCAGCAGUAAGCACCCCAGUAGCACAGUCUCAGAGUAAACCUAGUCUUGAAAUCGAGAAUGAAACCUUAGUUAAUGCUGAAGAGGAGACUGGUGAAGAAGAGGAAACUGAUAAAGAGGAAACUAAUGAAGAAGAGGAGAAUGAAGAAGAGGAAACUGAUAAAGAGGAAACUAAUGAAGAAGAGGAAAUUGAAGAAGAGGAAAUUGAAGAAGAGGAAAUUGAAGAAGAGGAAAUUGAAGAAGAGAGUAAAACAUAAUCUCUUAGAAAGGAAGAUUUGUGGGCA